AUGUCACAGCUCACGGACUUGAACAGUCAAGAUCGACCUUCAACAUCGGCAACGCCACCAGCCGAUGCAUCCUUGGUACCUCCCAUCGUCGUCAAGGAGGCUGGACUCGAGUUGAUCAAGCAGCUGAUCGCGAAGGUUGACGUCGAGAUGGCGAAUGUUGCCCAGAAAAUUGCCCAAGUAAAAAGCGCGCGCAAGCUCGCGGACACUCGCCACGAGCUCAAAUCGGCCCGGCUGCAAGUGACGCUCUUCCUGCCGCCAUAUUUCCGGAAUCGAAGGAGAUUUGCUCCACCAAUGAACCGAGAAGCCCUGGAAAAGCGGCAGAACAACGCUUUUGAUCCGCUUGUGAGGCCGCAAAGACCAUGGGGCGAUAAAGAAAUCAAAAUGCUGAAGGACGCCGUGAAAAACGAGCUCGUCGAGCAUCAACUAUUGGAGCAUACGCGCUACGUCGAGCUCCUCACCGCCAAGAUCAAAGCAGCUGGAGUCGAGACGGGUGAAGAAGAAGUGGCUGAAUGGCGGCUUGAACGAGAUAAGCGCUUGGGCAUUAUCGAAUACACAAAAACAAACGGUCCGACGAUUACACUUCCCGCCGAACACAUCAAAUGGGAUAGAAUUGCCACCCGAGCGUUCAAAGGCAAUCGCACGGCCGACGAAUGCCGUCGCCAAUGGAUCAACGUCAUCGACCCGAAAGUGAAUACCAAGAAAUGGGACGACACGGAGUUGAAGAAAUUGACUGAACUUACCGAGGGUCGCGAAGGCUUCAUCAAUUGGCUGCUGGUCACCGAGCAGUUGGGCACCAAUCGGCGCCCAUUUGACGUUUUUCAAAAGUACCAAUCCGAGCUGGCGAAUCGGGUGGGGAGGCCUUGGACGGCUGAGGAGGACGAAAAGCUGCUGGGGAUCAUCGAGUUGGUGCGCUGCGGGUCGAACAUUCCUUGGGAUAAAGUCGCCCACUUCAUGCCUGGACGUAACAUUCGGGAGCUGAAGAAUCAUUCGAGACAAAUCGACGUUGAGGUGAAGCAUGGCCGAUGGACGGACGAUGAGGAUUUGAUUCUGCUAUGCGCCGUCGAGAAAUACGGACACCACAGCUGGCCCAAAGUGGCUACGAUGACGCCGACGCGUGGCGCUCAACAGUGUCGGCAACGCUGGAAGCACCUCAGCCUCAAACACACACCCGGCUACUUUGCCACCAACUGGAAGAUGAUUGAGGACGAGAAGCUCGUAGCUGGCAUCGAAUUCUUCGGAAAGGGAAAAUGGAAGGAAAUUUGCUACACCCUGCUACCAGAUCGAACUCCAGAUUCCUGUCGUAUGCGCUACUGUUCGCUUCAAACGACGAAAAUUCGUCUGGCCGCAAAUCAACCUGAAUUGGUGCGUGCGGCGCACAACAGUGCUGUUGGUCGAGCCCUCGGUGCAUCAUCGAAGGUGGAAAAGCUCUACGACCGCUUAGAUGAGCUGUCGGGAAACAAUCCGCAGGUCAUGGAGUCGGCGAGAAACCGUGGCCUCGAAUAUCUGGCAAAGAAACGAGAGAACUGCAAGAAGUCGAUGGACGCGGAAACCCUGGCCAAAUUGGAGGCGCUGCAAAAGGAAAUUGACGAGAAAUAUGCGAAUGAUGAAAUAGCCGAUAACCCAGAGCUCUCUGCCCGCACGGCUGCCGCGAUUCUGGAGCGGAUUACGUUGACCGACGAGGACAUGGCCUUGUGGGAGCAAAACAAGGAGAGACGCCGAGACGCUGAUCGCCGCAGACCAAAGACCCAGAAAUUGCGCGGGAAGGCCGAGGGUGUAACCAGCCGCACGAGGCGUCUUCGUACCCCAUUGAAACUAGGCCCUUUUGAGAAGAACAUUAACAUCGCGAAAGUCAGGAAUGAUCCGGAAAAACUGCGUGAGGCGCUAUAUGAAUCACUUGCCCAGUACAUCCGCCGCUCCGACAAGUACUUUUUCCAUAAGGCGAUCGCCGGGAGCGAGGACUUACAGCGGGCAAUGCGCGCGGGAUUUUCAGCGGCGAUGAGCAAUCUGCUGCCACGUGACGCUGAUGCACCAGAGGAGCUGCGUGCGCCAAACUAUGCCACUUUCAGUCUACUCGGCAAGCUCGAGGCUGAACGUGCUGACCUCUUCGCAAAGGCCAGCCAAAAUUUCCCGAUCGCCAAACCUCUGUCUUCAGUGCCAAAAAAGCUCAACCGUGUCCAAGUCGACCUCUCCCGAGAAAUUCUGGAAUCCCCAGAAUUGGCAAAGUUCAAGAAAUUCAUGCGCAACCUGAUGCAAAGGACGUACGAUGCGGACACGGCGCUUUGGCGAGACGAGGACGAGGGAAAGUGGCGCGAGUCCAGCGCUCUGGCAGGAGCGGAUGGCGCUACGGCAGAUGCGCCUACCGAUGCACCGACAUCUUCAAAUAACACCAACGAUCAAACGGAUGAAGCUCCCGGGCCGUCACUGCUCAAUAAGGUAUCGGCGGCCAUCCACUGCCUCCCUUCUACCUCCUCCUCCUCAUCUUCAACUGGAAUGUUGCCCUCACGAGGGACAGCCAUUGAGCGCAGGGAUCGCCUCCAAAAAACGUUCAGCAAUGUGAUGGCCUCGCGUAAAUCGGACGCCUCCACCGGCUCGCGCAAGGGCAGCUCCCGGCACGGCGACGACGCCAGUUCGAUCUCAACUUCUUCUCGCAGCAUCAUCCCCAUCUCACCGGCGCCGGUGCGCGGCCUCAAACGGAUUCCCGCGCCCGCGUCAAGCCCGUUGGAGCUUUAUAAGCGUCCACGCAAGAUGGAGCCC